AUGCCGAGCCCGCACCUUAUCUCAAACUCGGGCCAAGAUAUUGAAGGCCUUGAUGCCACUGCUGACCCUGCGACCAUGAGGGACUGGCUAGACAGCGUCCUCGCCUUGCUCAAAUCACCUGCAGGGGUAUGGCUUCCGCACCCUGAUCUAUGUAGUCUCCGUAAAAGGUUUAUCACUAACUAUGACAUCCUAAGGCAAGCUGCUCCUGACAUUGCAACUGGGCUGCAGUCACGCGAUGAUCCCCUGGAGUACGUGCCUAACUCGUGGCGUAACUGCCCCACCACUUGUUGCGGGGUCCGAAACCUUGCAGGCCUCUCCGACUGUGAUGCGGGUUCUGGAUGGCUGUGGAACUUACACAACCAACCCUUAAUGGAUCAAGAUGACGCUUUCACUAGUGCUAUCAAGCAUGGAUGCCUUGAAUGUGUGAAAUUCCUGACAGAGUGGUACGAGGACUCCGGUCCCCUCGCACUGUAUAACCGCAGCGGAUUCUCUCUGGCGGCUCUUUCCAUUAUUCAUGGAGAAGGAGAAAGCCCGAUAAGUAGUUAUCUUGUUGAGCGUAUGGGCCCGACGGAAUUGGUCCUAUCAAUUUGCUAUACCCCCGAGGGGCCCGUGGGAGGCAAUCACCUGGACUUAGUACUCUGUCAACGAGAUAAGUCCCACUUUCGGAAGAUGAUGUCCGCCCUUCCCGUCGACAUGACGCCCAAUGAUGAGGAUGACGAUCCUUUCUUCGACUGGUUUUCCACCGACCGAUGUCUGGAGUUGUCUACCUUUAUCUGCGGACGCGCGGCGGAAUUCCUCCGAAAGAAGGUCGGUCGGGACUUGAGCAAGCUAACAAAUUUCUCACAGUACAGCCCCGAGCAACCAUAUUUCUUAGCGGAUCCUGUUCCUGGGUGCUGGAGGCAGCGGAACACUUUCAUGAUAACUCCUCUGUCACAGGCAGUGCGGCACCUUAACGCCGAUUUAGUGACAUGGAUCCACAGGCAGUUGCUUCACCGUUCCAUUUAUGGACCAUGCACUGAUUCUGACCCCAUUGCGGAUGCCCUCGAUCAUGCCCUGCUACUUCAGGUAUCACCACAAUCCGAGCAAGUUGUAUGCGACAUGAUCUCAGCGCUAUGGAAUCUCCUCAGUCCCGGCAUCAAUCGCCCAGCCUGUGUCCAAGCACGGCUCAGUACCUUACUGCAUCGUCAUCUCGAUUCCCUCUUCAAGCUCCGCAAUGACCCUAAUGUGAACGCCUUCCUAGUUGGAGACCUUUCCACUCAGUGGAAGAUGUCUGUUGAGGCGCGCCUGUCGUGCAUCGCACGAGCCAUGAGAAGUGAUUGGAUCCUAGUGUUCUACCAGUGCCCCGAAUUCAAAUCCUGUCGGACACUAGCCAGCAUGGUAGAUGUGGAUCUCGACUUCUUAUUCAUGAGAGGAAUCCUUCAUUUCCCGUCCCCUCAGGCUCCGUCUUCAGACAUGUCCUAG